AUGAAUCAGCAAAAUACAAUCCGUGCUCUUCAGGCAAUCCGUGCUCUUGGCCAGAAAAUUCUGAAAUCGGAAGGGGACUUAGACCGAUGCUUCCAUCUUUUAUUUCUAGACGGAUUACAGCAUGGAUUGGUAAGGUUUACAGCAUGGAUUGAGGAUCAAGAACGUCCAGAAAACCGAAAUCCAGAAGAGCAACGUCAAGAGGAAGGUCCAGAAAACCAAGAAGAUCCUGAUAAUCAACCACAAAUUCUUCUUGUUAUCCGAAGGCCAGCAGUUACCGCUCCAGAAGCCCCAGUUGUAGAAAGACCUGCUCCAGAGGAGCAAAGAGAGGUUGUUGGACUAGAAGGACAACGGGAAGCACAACCCGGAGAGCAACCAGAUCCAAAUGUAUUCUUUAUUCCACCAGAACGACGGGUUGGUGAUGACGGAGUUCCACUUCCACGAAAUCAAGAUGAACCACGCCAAGAGGAUCUAGAAGGUCAAGAAAACAGGAGACCAGAAGAGCCACGUCAAUGA